UCACUGACGCACAGGCGCCCUGACGCACCAUUGCCAACGCAAAGCGCGGGCGGAGACACGAAGCGGCAGCUAACUGCUCAGGCUUGGCAUUGCCUGGACCCUGGAGUGUGUCUGCUUCCAGCGGCGAGGCGAAGUCCGAGGGUCGUGGCACGGGUGCAGGGGAGAGCCGCUCCCUCCUCCCCGACUGCGCACAGAGACUGCGGGGCCGCCCCCUUUGUGGCAGAGACUCAGAAUUCGGCAGUGAAGCCAUCAGGACCUGGACUUUUCUUAGUUGGGAGGUCCGCAUUGGUGUUUGGUGUGUCACCAGGUCAGCAGAGGAGCCACACCUGGUCAGCAGAGAGAGGAGGCCAGGAUCUGCCAGGAAUCAAGGCCUCUGAGUCCCCAUCACCAAGCUCCUGCCCGCUAUCCAUUACCAGAGUCAUCAUGUCUGGAUCUCCAAAGCACCAGCUUCAGGAAGACUCUCAGGACCAAAGCACCAUAGAGGAGGUUUCUGCUGCUGGAACGCUGGGUCCCGAGGGAGGCUCCUCUCCACCCAAUGCCACGGCUGCCACCCCAUCAAGCCAAUCCCAUGGGGACUCCAGCAGUGAACAAGGGGAGGGUUCAUCCCAGACCCUGCCAGACACUAUGUCCUUGAUUACUGAUGCCAUAGAUGGUAAGGUGGCUGAAUUGGUGGAGUUCCUGGCCCUCAAAUAUCUAAUGAAGGAGCCGACCACAAAGGGAGAAAUGUUGGAAAUUGUCACCAAAAAUUAUCAGGAGCACUUCCCUGUGAUCUUCAGGGAAGUCUCUGAGUGCAUGCAGCUAGUCUUUGGCAUUGAGGUGAAGGAAGUGGACCCUCACAGCCAGUCCUAUGUCCUUGUCCCUGCCCUGGGCCUCACCUAUGAUGGGAUGGUGGAUGAGGACCAGAGCAUGCCCAAGACCAGUCUCCUGAUAAUCGUCCUGGGUGUCAUCUUCCUUCAGGGCAACAGUGCCAGUGAGGAGGUCAUCUGGGAAGUGCUGAAUGGGAUCGGGGUGUAUGCUGGGAGGGAGCACUUCAUCUAUGGGGAACCCAGGAAAUUCAUCACCGAGGAUUUGGUACAGGAAGGGUACCUGGAGUAUCAGCAGGUGCCCAAUAGCGAUCCUGCUUGCUAUGAGUUCCUGUGGGGUCCAAGGGCCCACGCUGAAACCAGCAAGAAGAAAGUUGUAGAAUUUUUGGCCAAAGUCAAUGAUACCACCCCCAAUGCCUUUCCGAUCUGUUAUGGGGACGUUCUGGGAGAUGAAGAAGAUAGGGCCCAAGGUCCAGGGCCAGUGGAGGGGUGAUGCCUUGGGUCAGGACCAAGGACAGGGCACCUGCCAGUGCCACAUCCAGCAGGUUCUCCAGUGUGAAGUGAAUUCUGAGGCAGCUUCUUCACUGUGUCUGAAAAGAGCAGUCACUCUUCUAAGUAGUGCAGAGAAAGACUAGGGGCUGUAUAAACUCAUCAUAUAACAUCUUUGCGUUCUAUGUGGGUGCCUUGGAGAUUUUUUUGCUUUUUGAAAUUGUUUCCAAAAGUUGUUCCUUGUAAUAGAAGGUAUAAUUAACUUCCCUUUCUAAAUGUUUAAGGGCAGUGAUGACAAACAUAUUGCUUCUUAAACAUUUUAAGAGUUUUGCUGUUUUGUAAAAGUGUAAAAUCUUCCAUUCUAUUUUGUGAUCUGGAGGCAGAUUAACACAGCAUUGAAAUACAAGUUUCUUGGAGAUAUAAAGAAGUUAUCCAUGAAAUAGGUGGAGUCAUUAAAGACAGAAAAAUGUUAAAGACACUUAAUUCUUCCUUUCCUUUACCCUUUUAGUGUGUUGUUCUGUAAAAUUUUUAAAAAUGCCUGUAUAUGCUUGAGUCAUUCAAAAUUAUUGGAGACAUUUAUUCUUAAUAAAGAACCCCAUUUGCUCACUGA